CACACAAUGGCACAAAUAUACAGUUUGCACGCUCAGCAAAAACAAUAAUUAUCCAAUUAAACGGUUGUCAAUGGCCAACUAAAGAAUGCAUUUAAUUUCAUUGGCCAUCAAAGUGACAAAGAGCACGAAGAGAGAGACCAAGAAACCAAAGAGAGGCCUACAAAUAACAGUAUUUUCACGGGCGCACUGAUACCUGUGAAUGUUAUACAUGUGUGUGAGUGUGUGUGUGUGUUAGCCAAGUGCUAAUGAGAUGCUGUGACGCUCUUCUUCUUUCUGACUGCCGUUUGUUGCUUUUGCCAUUUAUGCAAAAAGACGCAAAAAAAAAAUAAGAAAAAAUCGCUUAAAAAAUUUCGAGACGAACAAAAGAUUUGACGCAAAAGCUCGUCGAGAGAUGUCACACAUUGGAGCCGCAUGCAACCCCGCAGCAACAACUCCAACUCCAACUCCAACUCCAAUCCAGCCAACAGCCAAUGAUGUGAUGCAGUUGCGCCUGGAAACCACAAUCUGCCAGUAGUUGGGUCACCACAAUCACAAUCACACACACAGCGCCAAACCACAAGCCAGCCCGAUGAGCUGGCUGCUCCUGGGGCUUCCGCUUCUGGGGGUCCUGUGGCUCCUCUGGCUGCCCGGCGAGCUGCUGGCCAUUCCCACGCCACUGAAGUUGCCAGGCUACACCCACAAGCUAACACCCUACAUCAAGCAUUGGGAGGCGGCGAACUUCGAUCGCGAGGUGCUGCAGGCAGCACAAAUCCGACAUCUGGAACAGGCUCGCUACCGGAAGAAGCGCCAAGUGGACCCCAGCACAUCGAGUGGACUGGCCCACACCAUACGCUUGAAUUUCUCCGCCCACGACAGAGAUUUUCGCCUUGUGCUGCGUCAACAGCCUCAUUCGGUGUUCGCCCACGAUGUCGAGAUCGAGAACACUCUCGGUCCCAUCGACUACGAUGUCUCACGGAUAUACACGGGCAGCCUGGAGGAUGACGAGGCGGCUCACGUGCAGGCCAUUCUGACCAGCGAUAACCUGCUGGAUGGAACGAUAGAGACCCAGGCGGAGCACUACUACAUCGAGCCAGCGCAGCGUUACUCCCAGCAGCUGGCCGAGAGUGGAGUCCACAGCAUAGUCUAUAAGUUAAGUGAUGUAAAUAUGCAGAAGGAGCAGUUCACUGGCGGAGGUGUCAGUUCCGCAGCUCCGGCCAAAACGCACUGCGCCAGUGAGAAGCUGCGAAAGAAGCGGUGGCUGCCAGAGGAGCUGGCCAUGGCGGAUGGUCCCCCGCCCACGUAUAAUCGCAAUCCGCCCCUGCCAUUGGAUUUGGAGGUGCCCUAUAAUGACGACUUCCGCGUACUGGCCUCCGAGGAGGACAAGAGCGAAGAAUCGCCACCGAGGAAGUACCCGACAACGUCCACGACCAGGAGCACAGGGCGCAGUACCGAAAGUUUUCUGGCCACGCUGACGAAACCCACGUCGAACCGCAAUAUACUUGUAAAUAACUACAAUCCCUCCAAUGUCGGCGAGGGCAGUCGCAGCUAUAAUGCCAACAGCAAUAAUAAUAACAAUAACAAUAAUAACAAUGUGCGAAAGUUGUACACGAAGCACAAGAACAUCAUUGUGAGCACAUACAAUCGGCCCAUCGAGCCGGAAUUUGGAACGCCAUACGAGGAGCCCAAUAACAAUGGAAGCAGUGGGAACCUGCCCAGCAACUUCUUCAACGCCAACUGGACAACGCUCUUCCUGGGAAACAAUAACAAUGGUAACGAUCGGCCCAGCCAUAAAACGCACGUUGAAAUCAUUACCAAGAAUGGAGCCACCAAGAAGCCGAAUAUCAUAGUGAAUAACUACAACCCGGAGAUCAUAUUCGCCCCCAAUCCGCACAAUCCGAGCUUCAACACCAUGCUGAUGACAAAUCUGCUGAGCGGCCGGGGCGAUGAUAUUCACAGUUCGCCAAGGCUGCUCUACGACCGAAAGACCACUUGUAUGCUAUAUCUACAGGCGGAUCACACGUUCUUCCAGAAAAUGGGUUCGGAUGAGGCAUCUAUUGAGGCUAUAACCCGGCAUGUGCAGCGGGCCAACUCCAUUUACCGGAACACCGACUUUAAUAACGACGGGAAACCGGACAACAUCACGUUUAUGAUUAAGCGCAUCAAAGUGCACAACAUGAACGCCAUGAAGGAUCCCAGCUAUCGAUUCCCCGGCAACUAUGGCGUUGAAAAGUUCCUGGAACUGUUUUCAGAGGAGGACUACGAUGCCUUUUGUUUGGCCUAUAUGUUUACAUAUCGGGACUUUGAGAUGGGUACCUUGGGGCUGGCCUGGACGGGGGACCUGAAGAAUGCUGGCGGAGUGUGCGAGAAAAAUGGGCAUUAUCGGGGAUCCUUAAAAUCCUUGAACACAGGAAUAGUCACUUUAUUAAACUACGGCAAGCAUGUGCCGCCCGCCGUUUCCCACGUCACCUUGGCCCACGAAAUAGGCCACAAUUUUGGAUCCCCGCACGAUCCUGAGCAGUGUACUCCUGGUGGCGAAGAUGGAAACUUCAUUAUGUUCGCCCGUGCCACAUCCGGUGACAAGAAGAACAACAACAAGUUCAGUACCUGUUCUCUGAAGUCCAUAGAACCAGUGCUGAAUGCCAAGGCCAGGUCAAUGAAGGGUUGCUUCACCGAGCCCCAGUCCUCGAUUUGUGGCAACGGAGUUGUGGAGCCAGGGGAGCAGUGCGAUUGUGGCUGGGAGGAAGACUGCAAGGACUCCUGCUGCUUUCCCAUGUCGCGUCAGCCACGGCUGGACGAAACCCCCUGCACAUUGACACCCCACGCUCGAUGCAGUCCGUCCCAGGGACCUUGCUGCACAACCGACUGCAAGCUGAAGUUCGGCGACAAGUGUCGGGAUGACAACGGCUGUCGGGACCCUUCCUUCUGCGAUGGACGCGUGCCCCAAUGUCCUCCGUCUGUUAACAAGCCCAAUAAGACGAUUUGCAACAAGGAAUUCGUCUGUUACAUGGGCGACUGUACGGGAAGCAUCUGUCUGGCUUAUGGGUUGGAAUCAUGUCAGUGUAUUCCUGGACCACAAGAUGAUCGCAUCAAAUCCUGUGAACUGUGUUGUAAACUUCCUGGCGAAGAUAACCCAUGUCGGAGCUCUUUCGAGUGGAAUGAAGCUCCGUUCGAUGUGCCUGAUAUGUACUCCAAGCCUGGAACUCCCUGCAAUGAUUACAAUGGGUACUGCGACGUCUUUCAGAAGUGCCGGGAAGUGGAUCCUUCGGGUCCUCUCGCGACUCUGCGAAAGCUCUUGCUUUCUGAGGAGAGCAUCGCCACAUUCAAGAAGUGGAUGCAGGAGAAUUGGUACACAGUAGCCCUGGCGGCAAUUGGCGUCAUUAUGCUUAUGGCUCUGAGCACAAAGCUGCUGGCGAAACGCUCGAAUCUGAAGCUUAAAUCUGUGACAAUUAUUCACAGUGCCACCACGGAGACAGUGCGACUUCCAGAAAACAACAACGGAGUUAUAGUCCACACAGCCGUGAGGACAAAGGUACCAUUCAAAAAGAAGGUACGAGGAGAACGUACCAAGAAACCAGGAGCUGGAGCUGGCAUAGGAGCUGUGACAGGAGCAUCUGCAGCUGCUGGUAUUGCUUCCCGGGGAGCCAAUAAAAUCAGUUCCACUGCGGAGCCAAAGAAGUCAACACGGUCCCAAGCAAUUGCCAAGAAGAAAUCCCUCGAGGAGGAACCGAAAAAAUCCAACAAGAAACUGGGAAAGCACAUGAAGGAAAUAAUAGACUACUCGCAUCGCAACAACAAUGGAGACGACGCCUCCAAUCUCUCCACGACCAACAACCACACCAACACCUUCGGCAAGGUUCAAAAGUGGCUACUGGAGUCGCCGAUAGUGGCACAGCCAUUGUCCCACAUCGAGCACAGUUCCAGAGUUCGAAAGGUAAUGAGCAAGUCGCAAUCGACUCCGGAGAGAUUGGUGCAGAAAACUCCCCAGAAAACCAAAUCCAUGGGAAAUCUAUCCAACGAGAAGGUUAAGCUGCAAGUGGUCUACAAACCGCCGUUUAAGUUUUCUCUAAAAUUGUCAAAGAAACCGAAAGUUAAGACCCACGUGGUUGGAGGUCGUCCGAAGCGAAACCAAAAGGCGAGUACUCGACCAGCAGGACCGUCCACCUCGAAGGAUAUUUCUCUGCGAGCCAAGAGGAGCGCCCUUUUGCUGUGCAACGAGGCAGAAGACGAUAACCAGAUCCUUACUCUCAACGAGCCCAACUACGAGACCUUAAAACCACCAACGCCGCCGCGCUCCAUGGAGCACUGCUAUGAGAACGUGGAUAUGCAGGCAGAGGCGUCUACUUCCACUUCAAACUCGAAACCCAGCAGCAGCAAGGUGGCGCCCAGCAACCAAACUAGAGGAAGUUUUGACGCAGCUACCCAAGCGGUGCCAGUUCCUGCCCAGCGCAGCUCCUACCGGCGAUCCAACUCCCUCUCUGCCCACAACCCCUUCGCGGCGGCUCCGCGUCGCAGUAGCAGCAAGGCUAGUGGGUCAGUGAAUCUGACGAGAAACUUUGGCAGCACCCAGAAUCUGAUCAAUCUAAGUCAAAAUCUGGCGAAAACCAAGAAGCGCAGUAGUCUCAAUUUGAAAGCCAACGGCAGUGGAGUGGCCAGAAGCGGGAAGGACCCGCCAACACCUGCAGCAGCAUCGCCCCAAAAACGCUCCUCGUCUAAUGCCAAUCUUCGAAGGGACAGUAGCGCUUCCAAUUCCAAAGCUGCGCCAGUUCCUCCGACAAGAAACUCCCGCAACAGCUUCAGCAACAUUCCAAGAGCCAGUUUAGGGGGUGGAAAUGGUAAUACCACAGCCCCCGGGGCUCCACCUAAUUUUUCGCGUCAAUCUUCCAGCAGCACGGCCACCAGCAGCUCCUCGAUAACGCCGGGAGCGAAUGCCGGAGUGGCACUGCAGCAAUCCGCCUCGACGAGCGCCAUGCAACGUCAACCAGCUGCACAACCAAUGAGGAGAAGCCUUCACAAUUUCCGGGCACGCCCAGGAGCACCAGGGGCAGCAUCAGCAACAGGACGAUCAGGGGGAGCAGCCGCAGCAGCAGCAGCAGCAGCAGUAGCAGUAGCAGCAGCAUCUGCAGCAACAUCAACAGAGAACAACGAACUGCCUUCGGAUCUAGAGGUGGCCAUUUCUGAUGUGGAGAACUUAGUUAGCUAAGGGCGGCGAUUACGAAGAUGCAGUUCCAGUUUUCAAAACCAACCAAGUGAAAGUGAUAAGUCUUAAUGUUAGUUAUACAAAUUGUCGCAUAGGUUUACUUGCAUACAUAUACAUAUGUAUUUGUACAUACAUUAUAUAUAUGUGUACUUUACACUGCCUUAAACUUGCCGUUUCUGCUGAAUAUAUGAAAUACCACGCCCACACAUAACCACUCACACAAAAAAGACACUCACCCAUGCAAUCCUCGCGUCCCCAAUCCGACCAAGGCUCGCCCCCACCUCGAAUGCAUCACUGGCUCAUCCAAUCACCCACUCACCCGCUUACCAACUUGCCAGCUCACCCACUCACCCACUGAAGCCACCGCAAUCCAAACCGCCAGCCGCACUCACCGCACUUUGUACCUUCUACUGUUUACUGUUGUAUUGUAUUGUGUAGACCCAUCCACCCCUGUUUCCCAAUUCUGAGUUCAAACUGGUUUAGUGGAAUUUGCGAAUAUUAAUUUCAUAAAAAUGCUAAGUGACAAUAGUGAAAGUUUUUGCCUUGAUCCAUUGGACAAAUUCCUUAUCUACCAGAGGCUCUACAUAUUAUAUAUUAUAUAUUAUUGUUCCUGACUCCAAGCUAUGCAAUUAUAGUUUAAUUUCCACUUCACUAUCAGGAUCAGAGGAAGGAAACUGUGGGGUGGUUCAGAUAUCCUAUUUCAAAUGCGAACUUAUUUAGGCAAAUUGAAUGAGCUUUUCCCAAAUUAUUAAAUCAAAUUCCUGAAAUAAUAUUCAACUAUUAGGUUUGCCUCUCCCCAAUGAUUUCAAAACAGUAUUACUGAAAAUAUUGAGUACCUAAUAUCUACCGAAUUAUGAUUAUAUUGUUGACUUUGCCUCUUCAUGUUUCAAGCAACGAACACUACACAUCUGAACUUUGAAGACACACAGAACAAUACAAGGUGCUAUUUUAGUAAACGACUAAAAAGAUUAAAUAUUAGCCGAGAGCAUUUCAAAACUCCUUUGCAUAUUUUCUCAAGAUCAAAACUAAAGUAAGAAUCGCUUAGAGAGGGUGGAAAAAGAGGUUUUAGGCCUAAAAGUAGAGAAUAGCGUGGGGAAAGCCGGGAAGUAUUGCAAGUACGGGAUAGAUACAAAUAUAACCAACGAUAACUGUCAAUAAAUCAAAAGCGUCGUGCAUCGAAAGUAGGUCUUAGAGAAUGCCCAUUAAAGCCACAUAGAGAUUUAGAGACACAGCCACCAGUUGACCCCAGUUGAUCCCCAGGAGCACCUGCACCCAUUCCCAUAGAUACAUAAAUACACCAGGGCCUGCAAUAUCGUAGCUGUAGUGUAUAUAGGAUAUCAAAUGAAAAUAGUUUUUAUAUGCAAUACCGAGCUAGAGCGAUGCGAACAAAAAAUAUGUCACUACCAGCAUUCAUGAAUAGUUUAUAAAAUAUAGGCACAUUCCGUAACGAAUCACUGAGCAAGCGGAUUUCGAGUUAUACACCAAACACCCAACAGAACUAACGAUCUAUAGUCUAAGAUAUUGAUUGAUAUUUGUAGCUAUAUGAAUGUGUAGGAGGAAGGCAAGGAAAGCGUAUCAUAAAAGUUUAUACAUAAAACCUUAUGGGGCGUGCAAUACCAUUGCAAUUUAUGAGCAUUUGGGUAUAUUUUUGUGAAAUAUACAACAUACAACAUAACAAAUAAAAGCAUUAAUAGAUAAUACAUAAGCUCCGCUCAAGAAACCGACAACCGACCCAAAAACUAAAAAAUGAGAAAGAAAAUUUACGAAAGGACAAAAAGUUAACGCGUAGGCAGGCCAGUGCAGAAAUGGAUAAUGGAUAGAGGAAAUAGUUGAAACGAGUACGCGACAAUCGCUUUGAAAUGCUUAAAAUUAAAAAAAGAAUUUAAGGAUAAUCCCCGAAAUUGAAUCGAAGUUUAGUUUCUACAUUCGAGACUAUACAAAGGCAAGGCAAGGCGUUAAAAUUUACCAAAUAAAAUAAAACACACACGAAACGGUUAAAGAGAACAUUUUGAAAAUUCGAAAUGAAAUUUUUGUGUACUGUAUAUAAUUCAAAUGCAAAUGAUUAUCGUCUAAGCGGCUAGUAUAUUUUGAGCGUGAAAAAAAAGACUAUUUAGCGCGAAAUGAACAAUUUUUGUGUAAUGUACAUAAGAAACCGAUUGAUUUUAAUCUAAAUAUACAUAAAUAUAAAUAUAAUUGUAAAACUGCAACCGAUUUUUAAAUCUGUAUGUGUAUUGUGUACCUCAAUUGUAAUUAAUUUUUAUACUUUUCACGAGAUGGAUUAAUGCUAUUUUUAUAAUUUAGCUAAAUAAAUUCAAGACCCGAACGUAUCCCGAACAAACUUCCAAAAACAAAAACAUCUCAUACCCCUAGUUAAUGGCCAGUUUUUAAUGUUGUCCAUGUCCACACUUAACCCAUCCAGAAACCCGCAUAAAGUAUAUGUAAUUUUGUCAAUUAAUGAAUCGGAGAGAAGCGAAUUAAAACGAACAAAACAAAAACCGAAGAGCAAUGAAGUGAAUAUUAGUAUACAUUACGAUUAAUAUUUUUAAACACAAUUCAAAACAAUAAUUAACAGAUGUAUUACCAUUAGCGAACAACAAGCACAUGUGUGACAUUUCAGUUUUAUUUAUGUUAUGAUUACUACAAUAUUUUAUUUAUUAAUCUUAUCGUUAGGCAAUAACACGAGUGUAACUAAUUUGUAAACCCGGCACACUGACACACAUAUGCGAUACUUUUUAAUUUCCUCAUUUUAAGCAAAAUUCAAUUAACAAUAAAAACGAAACUAAUACUUAA